GAAGAAAACCGGCGCUGAUUUUGAACAGAAGGAAUGUGGAAGCUGUGCCAGACGUGGCGGUGUUGAUGCUAUGCUAACACACGACCAGAUCUCUGCUGAGGACACAAAUAUUAUACACGUCCGUCUAACUAUCCCACGGACUGUCUAUUGGACAGUCGCAGUGAUACAACAUGGAGAAGUCCCUUGUCAACCUGUUCAACCAGUUUCAGAGUCUCCAAGCUCACCUGGACGCUCUGAAUGAGAACAUUGAACCACAGUUCCUCCAGAUGGCAGUGAACUUUGAAGACUGUCGUAAGAAGUGGCUGUUGGCGGGUGAAGAGCUGGUUUCCUGCAAAGAAGUAUUGGCCAAAGUGGAAACGGAGAGGGGGGCACUGGAGGUCAAACUAAAACACGCGCGAAACCAGGUGGACGUGGAGAUCCGUCGACGACAGAAGGCAGAGGCCGUCUAUGAGAAACUAGAGCGGCAGCUACAGCUGAUCCGGGAGAUGCUGAUCGCAGAGAAUAAUGGCAGCAGCGUUCACCUUAGUGAGGAGCAGCGGUCAGCCCUGGCCUUUCUCAGCACCCAUUCGCAGGCAGCACAAGGCACCAAAACCAACCUCAACUCCAGCCGAAGACUAACUAGAGUUGAGGAAUCAACAUCUUUGCUGUCAGAUAUCAGCUAUGACCAAACGGAUGACUCUCUGGACUGGGAUUCUUCUGUGAUGAAGAAUGUGAGACUCCGCAAACGGCCGAAACGACGUUCCUCUAGAAAACUCACAGACGGUCCUUCACAAGCAUUGAAGAAGCCCCGCUCCACAGGCUGUCCAUCAGAAAGAAAUAAUGAGUCUAUCGUGGCCAAAACGACGAUCACUCUGCCUGCGAGCGGAGGCGUUGAGGCGGUCUCCACCAUUGAGACGGUGCCUUACUGGACCCGCAGCAGGAGAAGGAGUGCGAUGGCUGACACAACCACCACUGACCACUCUGAGUCUGCCAGUGAAGCCCCCAGCACGCCGGUCUCCGAAACCCCAGUUCAGUUCCAGACUCCUCGAAUUAAAGGAGGGAAGAAGCACCACUUCAUCCAAAAAACGGUGAUCAAGUCUGAGUUCUGUGCACCUUGUGGAAGAAGAACAAAAUUCGGCAAGACUUAUCUUCGCUGCCAGGACUGCAGGACUGUGACCCAUCCAGAGUGCCGGGAUAACUGCCCCCUGCCGUGUAAUCCCUCGGCUCUGGAAACGCCCGUCAGGGGAACAGAGAGUACACUGGCUGACUUUGCUCCAGCAACAUCCCCGAGGAUCCCGGCCUUGGUCAUCUACUGCAUUAAAGAGAUUGAACGCAGAGGCCUUCAUGAGGUUGGCCUUUACAGAAUCUCUGGCCAUGAGCACCAGGUGAAGGAGCUAAAGGAGAAGCUGAUCCGAGGCAAAACUUUGCCUUCUCUUAAUAAAGUCGAGGACAUCAAUGUCAUCACCGGUGUCCUCAAAGACUUCUUAAGAAAUCUACCCGAGCCACUUCUCACUUUCCGCCUCAACAAAGUCUUCAUGGAAGCAGCCGAGAUACAAGAUGAUGACAACAGCCUCGCCCUGUUGUAUCGGGCCAUCAGUGAGCUUCCCCCACCUAACCGGGACACACUGGCCUGUCUGAUGAUUCACCUGCACAAAGUGUCUCAGAGUGCGGACACUAAGAUGGAUGUAAGCAACCUGGCCAGGGUCUUUGGUCCCACGCUGGUGGGUCAUGCUGUUCCUGACCCAGACCCCAUGACCAUCCUGCAUGAUACCAGCAGACAACCAAGGAUCGUAGAGCGCCUGCUGAGUAUUCCUGGGAGCUACUGGAGCCGGUUUGCCCAUCCCGAUAACGUAGACAUGGAGACACCUCAGAACACCGACACUCCAAGCCAAAAAGUGAGCAUACUGGGACCAGUGACGACCCCAGAACACCAGAUGCUUUCCAAAACACCGUCUUCCAGUUCACUGUCUCAGCGGGUCAUGCAGACCCUCACCAAUACCACCAUAUUUGGGAGCAAGAGCAAAGCCACGUCAGCCUCCAACCAUCAGGGAAGCUUCUUCGCUUCCCCACAGCUGAAGUAAAGGCAGGAAAGCAGAAAACGUUUUGAUCCAUAUGAAUGUUACUGAGUGCAAAAAAUAAAGUAUACUUUUGUCUAAUCAUGUAGGGAAAUGAUUGUGCAAUCACAUGUGACAAUGUUUUGAUUGUUUUUUUUUCAUUUUUCUUUCUUUUUUUUUAGAACUUUCCUUGGUUUUUUUUUCUUUCAAACAUAUAAUUUGACGAUCUUUAAUCAUUAAUACUUUGUUCCUGAAAAUUUUUGAUUUCUUCUCUGUAAUUACAGAAACGUUGAAGCCUUUAGUAAGCAAGCCAUCAUUUUAAACAAAUCAUGCUUUUUGUGAGAUGUGAUCAUAACUACAUGUCAAGCCAGCACAUCAAAUACUCAACUAACACAAUGAAUGGGGAACUGUUUUGUUAGAGGCCAGGGUAUUUUCUUUCUUAUAUGUAAGACUUUUUUUUCUUUGUUGAUGUGUUUUGCUAUAUAAAAAUAUAAUGACUUUUAUUUCUAGAACACUUUACUAAUGCUAUAAUACUCUAAUAAUGACGAGGCGUUUUCUUCGUGGUAACUUCGACCACUAGAGGGUGCUGUUGCACCAUUAAAUACAUGCAAUACUUCAGGAGUGAAUAGGAUUUACUAUAUGUAUUCUGCACAUUAUCACUCAGACAUACUUGCAUGCAUAUUUUUCUGCAAACCAAAGCCUCACACUCAUGUGAGAUUAAAGUGAAACCUCCAUCUGCUCUGUUUGACAUCAAAUUUAUUUGCAUAUAUAUUUAACGUGUUACUCUAUACAUAUGAUGGGGAAAAAAAUGCAUAACAUAACAUCCUCCCAUGCUGCUUUUAUUGUCUCCUUAAAGUGUUGUAGGGAUGUUUAGCAUGCGUGAUGCGUAAAAAUAAUUUAAAAAAACUAAAUCAACUAAAGUUUUAUGUGAGGCCCUGAUUGUAUGGUCAUGUUUGGCAAAUAUUGUAUUCCAUUUUUUAAAUGCAUUUAUUCUUUUUUGUGGCAUUGUUCACCUAAAUAACUUUUACCAAAGAUUUCACAACUGAAUGGUUAACAUUCAUUUGUCUCUGCAUCCAUUGCCAAGCUAAAAAUAAAACAUUGUAAUCCUG